GUAAAUGUCACAACAAAGCAACAUGAGAGAUUUGAAUUUAAUUGAAAUAAAAUAAAUAGGAUUUAAGAGGCAGUUAAUACUUCCUAUUUCAUAUAAAAAUAUAUUAAUAAUUUAUAAUAUACUAAAUCUUCGAGUUCAUAGCAGUUAUAAGUAUGUUGAACGAAAUAUCUCGCAGAUGCAUUAAUAUCAGUAAGCAUGAAGAAACAAUGUUGAAUUAUCACAACUCUGCAAUAACGUUACGUGCAGAUAAACACUUACAUAUUCUGGAAUUAUCCUACAACUUGCAGUGCUUUGACAAGAAAAUAAAUUUAGUGGAAUCAUCAAUACCCUGUCCAAAAAACAGUGCAUGUGUGGAGUACCUGACAAACUGUUCAAAAGAUGGAUUAAAAAAUAUCGAGCUCGUAGAAAUGAUAACAAACCCAUGCUUAUGGCCAUACAGCGAUCAUUUGAACAGGGAAUUAACAAAUAUCACAUCAUUCAAAUGGUCACCAUCUAAUGUGAUUUUUAAUAAUCAAAGUGUCCUAGCAACAUUGAAUAGUGUUGGUAAUUUAAAUUUCUUUGGAAAAAAACGAAAAGUAUGGACAGGUCUUUUUGAUUUUUCCACAAUCAUUAGGCAAUAUCUAGCUUCAGAGGCCCUGAUCCCAGCUAUGGUGAAUAAACACAUAAACUUUAACAAAUUGAAAGGAAUUGUUUACUCCAUCAGUAUUACUACAUUUUGUUGGUGUCCUCUUAUCAAUAAGGACAAAUCAUGUUACCUCGCUACUGCUCAGAAAAGUGGGUGUAUAUAUUUUUGGUGUCUCCUGUUUCAUGAUUCUGAUUUAAGUGUAAAAAAUGUUGGUAAAAUACAAGCAAAUGAUGUAGACAUUAUGUCUAUGGAAUGGAUACCCUGUGGAAAUGAUAAUUUUUUAUUUGUAUAUUGUAAUAUGUUAGGAGAAGUAACUGCAAAUAUUUGCCAAAUACAUGAAGAUAAGUUACAAGAAAUAUCAACCAUUUGUAUAUGGAAGUAUAAGGAUAGAUCAAUACCAAAGUAUAUCAAAUAUAUACUUAAGGGCAAUCAGAUAAUUCUAGUAUUUGAUAAACACAGACAUGUUGUUGCACAAAUGUAUGAUGAGAAUUUUAAUUUAGUAUCGGAAGUUGUUAAAAUUGUUAACGAUGAAAGAAUAACAACAAUUACAAAAGCAAAAGAGGGGUUGUUUGUGGCGACAAUAAAUAUGAACAUAUAUAAAGCGAAUAUUCUAAUUAACGAUAAUACAUUAGAUUUGAAUUUUGAACAAAUUCACCUGAAAGACACCUAUACAAACCAUGAAUUGUAUGGUCUCUGCUUUACUGAAAAUGAUGCAAUAUGUAAUAUAGCUCUUCUUGAUAGAAGUAUAAAGUUUAGAAAAGAACAAUUAAAAAUGUAUGUAGUGUCACUACAUUUUGACGGAGAGAGUGAAGUAGAUAGUUUAAUAUUUAAGAACCCAUCAAAUGAAUUGGCUCCAAUGUGGGAUUGUAUCGAGUUAAUAAGAUAUAAAUGUAUGAAAACUAAGAAAUUGCCAAAAAUUGAUUAUGAAUCUUUCUUCAAAGAAGCAGAGACAGAUAUUUACAAAAUGAAAGUCUACUUAGCUCUACUACAAUUAUAUAAUAGUCUGGAAAGUAUUUUAAAGAACGAAUCAAAAGGAAUGUUGCCUGAAACAUCAGUUGCUGUGAUACAGGAUAAAAUAUUAGCUGCAUAUGCUUCUAGUCGUAUUACUGAAAUAUAUGAGAUGUUGAAUAAUGACCAUGCGCUUAGUACAUUAGAAUCUGAAUGUUUAUCUGGCUGUAGAAAUUUCCUUGAGCAUUAUAGUAAAAAAUAUAAAUUAUCAUUGAGUGAUUGUGUACCCAAUAUAGAUUUUCAGCAAAUAGACAUACAUAACGAGAAAUCUAAGUUGAAUACAAAUAAAUAUGUUUGUCAAUUCUGUGAUGAUGUUAUAGAAGGCUUCUCAUGUAAAAGUGGACAUACGAAUAUGUUUUGUGUAUUAACAUUAACACCAAUAAUUGAAGAUAUGGAAUAUUUAGUGUGUAUGCGUUGUAAUGUAACUGCACGGAUGGACCUUUAUCCAUUUGAGCCUAAAUGUGUAUUUUGUGAUGCUCAUCUAGAUUGUUAUCAUUUAAUUUAUUAAUCCUUGAAGUAUAUUGUUCUUCAGAUGUUUCAAAACAAACUUAAAUGUUAAUAAAUUUGUUAAAAUAAAACAAA